UUCGCAACAGGAAGUCAGUCCGUCGCUCAAUUUUUCCGCAGGAAGUAAGAAAUCGACGUUUUCUAGCGGGUGCUUCCGUAGGCUCUGUGAAUGAGUUUCAGCUCGGCAGGUGGAUUUGGUCAAAUAUAUCUGAAAGGGAGUGGGUAGUUGCCUUCAGGAUCAAUUGCGCCGAGGCUUUAGCUGUAUUAACAGAGACAACAUGGGACUGCUUUCGGAUCCAAACAGAAGACGGGCGUUGAUCAACCUGCUCACCCGCCUUAACGCUCCAAUCUGUGUGGUCUGCUACAUGGCAGGCUUCGCCUGUUUUAUGGGUUUAUCUUUUGAGCCAUUCACUUUGCGGACAUACAUGUCAGAAAAUGCCAUGGGGUCUACAAUGGUGGAGGAGCGGUUUCCAGCCGGAGAGAGGGCCUUGGCCACUGGUAGAGAGUUUGCAGCUCAUAAGAAGAAAAUUGGUGGAAUGCCAGUGGAUUGGUUGGUGAAGACCAUGCAGGCCAGGGGUCUUGAGGUGUUUACCCAGAGCUUCUCUCGUACUCUACCUUUUCCUGAUGAAAAUAAAGAGAGAUAUAUGGUAAAAGGUACCAAUGUAUAUGGGAUACUUCGGGCCCCUCGCGCUCCACGGACUGAGGCCUUGGUACUGAGUGCUUCUUGCAGCCCAGGUGAUGAAAACAACCAGGCUGUGGGACUGCUGCUUGGGUUGGCUCAGUAUUUUAGGAAUCAAAUUUACUUUGCAAAGGAUCUCAUCUUCCUUGUGAAUGAGCAUGAUCUGAUUGGUAUGCAGGCCUGGCUGGAGGGCUACCACCACACCAACACUACAGGUAUGGACUGGACUCCACUUCAUGGCCGUGGUGGUUCAAUUCAGGCAGCUUUGUCGUUGGAGCUUAACAGCCAUGUCGUCACCAGUCUAGACCUGGUGCUAGAAGGUCUCAAUGGUCAAUUACCCAACCUGGACUUGGCAAACCUCUUCUAUGCUUUCUGUCAAAAGUUAAGCGUCCUGUGCACCAUCGAGGGCAAGCUGCAGAGGAAUGACUGGGACAGUGUAUCUGGCUAUAGUCAAGCAGUGCAGACAAUGAUGCUGAUGGUGAUGAAGCAGGCCAGUGGACGGCCCUGGGGUGAUCAUGGACUGUUUCUGCGAUACCACAUAGAGGCUGCCACCAUCAAAGGCAUCAACAGCUUCCGUCAGGACAAGACUGAUGCUACAACUAUCGGCAGACUCCUUGAAGGAAUGUAUCGUAAACUGAACAACCUUCUGGAGAGACUGCACCAGUCCUACUUCUUCUAUCUCAUGCCGUCACUGUCCAACUUUGUCUCCAUUGGCUACUACAUGCCUGCCUUCGGCCUGCUGGCUGUUAUUUUGUUGCUGCGUGCCUUAGACCUGUGGGUUCAACUUGUGACCCCACCACCUAGAAAUGAGGAAAGAGUCAAUGACAUUGCGCAACAGUCCUGUCCAGGAGUGUUAUCUAUUCUGAUCCCACUGGUGAUUAGUCACCUGACUGGCGUAGCUUUGUACAUGCUACCUGUUCGCUUCCAGGAGAUGGCUGUAGAACACUUCCCUGUGUCUGAAACUGAGGCUGUGGUGUUGACUGCUAUUGCUGUCUACACAGCAGGACUGGCUCUGCCUCAUAACACACACAGACUCCUGUCAGGUGAGGGCACCGAGCAGGGCUGGAGAGUUCUGAAGCUGGUUGCAGUCUUGUAUCUGGCUGUUCUGUUGGGCUGCACUGCUCUCAUCAACUUCUCUCUGGGCUUCAUCCUGGCUCUCACCCUUGUCCCUGUGGCUGCCUUUGUCACACCCCAUGUCCCGAAGGUUCUGUCUGCCUUCGCUCUGGUCUUCCUCAGCCCGGCCUGUACCCUCCUCUUUUCUGUUUUCUUCUACCAAGAGCUUCAGGAAAUGCCAGUCUCUUUCCAAGAUGGAUGGAUACUCUACCUGUCAGUCAUCUCUCAGGGCAUACUAGACCAUUACCUUUAUGGUUCUUUAGUUUACCCUCUAAUAGCCUUGUUGGUUUACCCUUGCUGGUUGCUGUUCUGGAACAUUCUGUUCUGGAAGUAAGUAGCGAAGAACAACUAAGAAAAAUGAAAACCCCACUGUGAGGGUUCUCAGGAUUUUCAUCAGUGGAAUAGAUGUGAAGACCUGUCAACAAAGAUGGAAAAGAAGGAUGUCUGUGGGUGACAGGUGUGAGUUCACAUUGUUUUAAGAUUGAAUCAGUGUCAUCUUAAUCUAUUGUGUUCUUUAAACAAUGCACUGGACAUUUAUGACAAAAAAAAACAUUAUCUUUUAAAAGACAGAUAUGAGGAGGGACUACGGUUUUGUUUAUUUGUGUUGUGUGAGCCAAACUGUAACAACUAAAAACCACAGUUUACACUAAAAGCAAUGUAAUGAAAAAUUCUCCAUGUGCAUCGGUUAAACAAUCUGUUUGUACUUGUUUUUGAUAUGAGUCCUUGUAACAUGUUUUUUUUUAUUUAUUAAAAAUAAAAAUAAAUGCCUUGCAUCAGUGCUGCUCACAAACCCGCAACCUUUAAAAUUGUCCACUGCGCCUGAUACUCCACCACAUCCUCAAAAAUGUAGGAGACUUUUGGAUUUUUCUUCUGUACUGUUGGUGUUUUAUUUGUUAAUGUUUGAUUGGCUGAAGCUAAUUUAAGUUUGUAGAACGUGUUCACUUAUUCAAUUUUUUAGGGGCGUGGCCAAGUAAGCCACGUGCCCGUAAGGGGGUGUGACAAACUAAGCCGUCAUGCAUGAAAGGAUUAAUGUAAAUAUAAAUGUGAUGCAUAUUCUAAUAAUAAUAAUAAAAACUCAAUGUUG